UUUGGACGCUACAGGUGGAAAAGACAACAGUGAGAGGCUUGAAAACCUUGUGGAGGAGAAUGAAAAGCUAAGAUAAUACGAGUUGGGGGAAGCUCUGCUGCCAUGGCUGGACUGGCCAUCAAAAGUGCUGCUGCAGUUCCCACCAAGUAUGGCGUGGUUACGGGAGCCAAUAAAGGAAUCGGAUUCGAGAUAUGCAAGCAAUUGGCAUCUCGAGGGAUUUCUGUGCUUUUGACGGCGAGGAACCGGGAAAGAGGACUCGAUGCUGUUGAGAGGCUCGGAAUGGAUAACAUAACUUUUCAUGAGCUGGAUGUGUUGGAUUCUGCGAGCGUCCAUGCCCUAGCCGCCUAUCUCAACUCGCAAAUUGGGAAGCUUGAUAUUUUGGUUAACAAUGCUGGUGCUAAUGGAAUUACAAACAGUGGUCCCGGGAAGAAGACUGAGUAUGAACUAGCAGAAGAAUGCAUCCAAACAAACUACUACGGCACAAAACGGACAAUCGAAGGGCUGCUUCCUCUGCUCCAUCUAUCGGACUCUCCGAGGAUCGUCAACGUCUCCUCUACUAUGGGGACAUUUGGGAGUAACCGAGACUUGGAGAAGCUUACAGUUACAGAAGAGGGCAUUGAUGAAUUACUUGCAGAGUUCCUCCAUGACUUGAAAGAGGGAUCAUUAAGAGCCAGAGGGUGGCCUACUCAUUGGGGUGCAUAUUGUGUGUCAAAAGCAGCUGUGACUCAGUACACAAAGCUUCUUGCAGAGAAGCACCCAAGAAUGUUGAUCAAUAGUGUCUGCCCAGGGUGGGUGAAUACUGAUCUCAGCAACCAUUCAGGGCCAUCGACACCUGAAGAGGGUGCCUCGAGUCCAGUCAAUCUGGCCCUGUUACCUGAUGGAGGACCAUCUGGCUUGUUCUUCCAUUAAGAUCAGA